AAAUAAAACAAGUUAAUGUUAAAAAAGAAGAUAUUAGUAAAAUACUACAAAGUGAUUAUAAUGAUCACAUAACAAUUUUUGGACCAAAAGAUUUUUAUUUGAUUUUAUUUUGUGAUGAUGACGGACCUGCUUUGUUGUUAGACGAUUAUAAAAAAUUAACUCUUGAUGAUUUGCGCUUUUUAUUGGAAAAACCAUUUGAUAUAGGGGAGAAAAAAUAG